UUUUUUUAUUACACUAUCAGAUUGGAAUAUAGAGCGGGUUCUUUCCGUCAGUCACUAGCGAAUAAGAAGAUGUCGUUAAGUAGAACACUUCAACGUAAAGUGACGCCGUCAUAGCCAAACCGUCAUCUUCUUCCUCUCGGCCUCUCCAGGUCUCUCUCUGCACAUGUUACCCAUAAAUCAUAAUCAACGCCCAAAAAUCUCACGAGUUGCUUCAAAAAUUAUACUAGCAAAAGAUCCAGUUAAAUUUACGAGUUGUAAUUCACAUUCUUCGAUAAAAAAUUCUUAUAAUUCGAGGUAUUAUCCUAAUUAAUCGUUUAGUAAUUAACAACUACGAACUGUAGAUUUUGAUUUCUGCGAAAAAUCAACGGCGUCAACUAGCAAAAUGUCUAGCUCUGUUGAGGAUGACGAUCUACAAGAGGAGUUUGAACAUUUUGAUGAUUUUACCCUGGCCUCUUCAUGGGAAAGGUUCAUAUCCGAGAUAGAGGCAGUUUGCCGGCAAUGGUUGGCUGAUGGCACCAAGAAUUUGUUGAUAAAGGGUGCUAUCAGUUUGAAUAUCUCUGAGGGCCUAUAUAAGGUCAAAACUGACCUGAAGUAUGCGAUGAAAAGCUAUUGCAUGGAGUACUAUUUUGGAACACACAAUGCUGUUGGUCGAGGAAACGGAAAUGACUGGAGUUGUGAAUUGCAUAAUCUGCAACUGUCUUUUGGGGUGAAUGAGUUCCUGGUGAUUGCUCCUCAAAGUGCCAGUGGCGUGGUUCUUGAUGGACCGGAGGCCAGCAAACUUCUAAGUGCAGUUGCUAUUGCAUUGUCAAAUUGUUCGGGGUAUGUUGUCACAGGAUGUUUUUGGCCGGCAUUUGUUCCAGUGCAUGAUCCUUCUCGGAAAGCAUACAUUGGCAUCCAGAACAUGGGAACCCUCUUCACUAGACGGUUUGAAGCUGAUCGUAUAGGUAGCCAGGUGCCAGUGAAGCUUAUGCAUUUGGAGGGAUUGUAUGAGCUAUUUGUUUCUAAAUUUGCCUUCUCCAAUAUGGACCUAUCCAUGCAUCUUUUCCAAGUAAAUCUCAAGAUGAAGAUGACCUAUCGUACACUUCCCUACAGUGAGGAUGAUGAUGUACAAGAAUCUGAGGGAGGUUUUACCGAAUCUGGGGAGAGUCCCAAAAGCAACCAUCAGAGUAGAACACAGUGGGAUGAUAAUUGUCCUUGGAGUGAGUGGUACUCUGCUGAGGACCCAUUAAGAGGGUUUGAGCUGCUUACAGUAUGGUCAGAGAAAGCGAUAGAGAGUUCACUUGAAAUGGCUGAGCUGGAAAAUGUGUCACCUCUUGAGGCUGAGAAGUGGUUAAUAUCUCCAUGUUUAUCUGAGAUUCUAAGUGAUGGUUCUGGCAGAAAGAGAAUUGGAUUCGCAUCACAGUUGCUGCUCUUAAUUGACGCUUUGCAUAUGUCACUGGACGCUAAAUUUGUGGAAGAUUUUAUUUCAGAGAACCCAGGACCUGAGAAUUUGAAGUCUACUGCAGUCAUACCUCCCCCAACUGUCCUUGAUCGAGUUCUUAAAGACCUCUUUCAUGAUGUUGGUGCCCUGCAACUUGAUUUUGCUGAAGGAGAUCAUGAAAAUUCUCGUACCAUUAAAGGCGCUCCUCUUGAAUCACUUUUUGGCCAGUUCUGUCUGCAUUCUCUCUGGUUUGGUGAUUGCAAUAUAAGGGCUAUUGCGGCAUUCUGGAUAGAGUUUGUCCGAGAAGUUCGGUGGUGUUGGGAAGAGUCACAGCCAUUACCUAGAAUGCAAGCCAGUGGUGUAGUCGACCUAUCUACAUGUUUAAUUAACCAGAAAUUACACAUGCUUUCAAUUUGCAUUGAUAAAAAGCAUCAGUUGAAUCAAGAGUGUCCAAAGGCAGGUGAAAACAAUUUUUUCCUUUCCGCUCAUGUUAAGGGAGACUCUCAUAUCCAGAGUGACAUAUCUUCUGAAGAUGGAGAUACUGAGGCUUCUUUUUUUGAAUGUGACAGUCUGUCAACACCAGAUCGUCCAAAUGAUCCUGAAAGUGAUAUUUCUAGUUUUGUACAUUCUGAUGCUGUGAAGUUAGGUGAUCCAAUUCCAAAGCAUUCGGCAUGUAUCAGGAGGGGAUCGGCUGGUAUUGUGGGGUCUAUGAUGCUUCUGAAAUCUUACCAGAACAUGCAUGCUCCAUUUACACAGGAUCCACCACUUAUGACUGAAGACAUGCAUGAAGAACGUCUCCAAGCCGUUGAGGCCCUUGGUGAAUCUUUUAGAUUUUCUGCCCAACUAGAGAAAGACAUAUUGUCAUCAGAUAUGUCUGCUUUUAAAGCAGCAAAUCCCGAUGCUGUGUUUGAAGAUUUCAUUCGAUGGCAUUCACCCAGAGACUGGGAGAAUGAUGAUAAUAUGGAGAAGGUAGAAUCUAACACCAAUGCAGUGGUAGAGUCAACAAACGAUUGGCCACCUCGUGGAAAACUUUCAGAAAGAAUGUCUGAGCAUGGGAAUUCAUGGAGAAAGAUUUGGAAUGAGGCACCUCCAUUGCCAGCUUCUGAGCAGAAGCCCCUUCUGGAUCCAAAUCAAGAAGGAGAAAAGGUUCUUCAUUAUUUGGAAACAUUGCGUCCAUAUGAAUUGUUGGGACAAAUGGUUUCUACUGCUUUUAAAGCAGCAGCUGACACACUAAACAGAACGUCAUUUGGAGGCCUAAAGCAGCUGACCACCAGAAUUGGACAACUUUACCUCACUAUGGCAGCCACUCUCAGAUGCUUGCAAAAAAAUAGCCUUUCUGUUGGCACUGAAGAUAUUGAAGACCUGAAGCGACUCUGUGCAAUUUUUGGACAUGUUGAGAGUUUGAUAACACUCGCUGCAUCUCUUCAUCAGAAGUUCUUGCAAGCACCACGUCUAUCAGAAUCCAUUUUCAAUGACUACUACAACUUCUAUCUACCAAAAAUGGGAACAGUAUCAAUUGGUGGUGAUGAGAAGAAGGAUUUCGAUAAGAAACAAGAAGUUAGGCGACAAGAGAGAGAGGUAGUUGCAAGCAUGUUCACUCCACCUACUGUGAAUCAAUCAUGGAGGAAAGUCUUAAGCAUGGGAAAUCUUCUAAAUGGCCAUGAACCAACAUUGCGAGAGAUCAUAUUUUCCAAACGUGAUCACCUUAGCGAAAAUUACUAUGCUAGUCAUGCACCAAGGGGUUACCAACAAGAACUAGAAACAUACAGAAUGUACAUAUGCGGAACCUCAAAUGAUCUGAGUGUGGCACUAGCAGUUGCCUCUUGUGACUAGUUUCGUCAUUAAAGGAACCAGGUAAAGUUAUUGUUAUUUCUCUUGUUAGUAUAUAUCCAGCGAUUCUUUCAUUCGCGUACCAUAGAUAUGCUAGCUUAUUAGAUUUUCUAAUUUGUUUGAAAGAGGCUCUUGAUUGUCACCUCUUUUCAGCCUUUCCUUGAAAUACAGAUUCCUUUUUUUCCCGCUGUCCAAAUUUAUUAAUUGGGAACAAUUUGAUGGUUUUCCACAAGGUUAUGAAAAAAAAAAUUAUGCACCCAAGGGUGUAGCCUAGUGGCCAAUGAAGUGGGUUGUGGAUCAUAAGGUCUCGAGUCCAAAUCCUAGAGGAGAAAGAAAACAUUAGGUGAUUUAUUUUCAUCUAUUGAAGUGGAUAGAGUUAUCCGGUACCUUCCAUGAUUAUCAAAUUCUUUUUUGAGGUUUUUCAUUUUUCAUAUGAUAUUUUUUGUUCCGUAAUACUGCCGCCAGACUUCAAUCUGGUGAUUGUGAAAUGGGAAACAUCUCUAUCGUCA